AGCUGGUUUGCUUCAGGCGGCCCGGCUCCCCCCCCCCCUCAGGGCUGUAACCCGAGCCGCCCGCCGCCACCUCCCCGCCGGCUCCCUCCUCCGUGCUCAGCCCCGCGCCGCGGCGCCCCGACAGCCAGCGCAGACGCCAUGCAGCGCGGGGCCAUUGCGCCCGCGGCCACGCCGGGGCUCCCGGGCCGGGGCGGCCAGCGACCCGCCUGGCUGGGCGCCUUGUGCCUGCUCCCUGCGCUCCUGCUGCUGGCGCGGCUGGGGCUGCCAGCCACCCCGAGCGCGGUGCAGGAAGAUGUGGCUUCGCCGUACCCCACGGGGGUCUCGGACCCACCGCCCCCGCAGGCGUCCCGCAUACGCCGCUACACGCUGACGCCAGCCCGGCUGCGUUGGGACCGCUUCAACCUCACCUACAGGGUCCUCUCCUUCCCUCGGAACCUGCUGAGCCCCAGCGAGACCCGGCGGGGCCUGGCCGCAGCCUUCCGCAUGUGGAGCGAGGUGUCCCCCUUCAGUUUCCGAGAGGUGGCCCCGGAGCAGCCCAGUGACCUCCGCAUAGGCUUCUACCCCGCCAACCACACGGACUGCCUGGCCUCGGCGCUGCACCACUGCUUCGACGGGCCCACCGGGGAGCUGGCCCACGCCUUCUUCCCCCCGCACGGCGGCAUCCACUUCGAUGACAGCGAGUACUGGAUCCUGGGCCCCACGCGCUACAGCUGGAAGAAAGGCGUGUGGCUCACCGACCUGGUGCACGUGGCGGCGCACGAGAUCGGCCAUGCGCUGGGGCUGAUGCACUCGCUGCAGGGCCGUGCGCUCAUGCAUCUCAAUGCCACGCUGCGUGGCUGGAAGGUGCUGUCGCAGGACGAGCUGUGGGGGCUGCACCGACUCUAUGGCUGCCUGGAUCGGCUGUCCUUCUGUGGCUCCUGGGCCAGAAAGGGCUUCUGCGCAGCCCGCCAGCGGCUGAUGAAAAGGCUCUGCCCCAGUAGCUGUGACUUCUGCUACGAGUUCCCCUUUCCCACGGAGGCCACCACCCCACCCCCGCCCAGGACCAAAACCAGGCUAGUGUCAGAGGGCAGGAACAUGACCUUCCGCUGUGGCCAGAAGAUCCUGCACAAGAAGGGCAAAGUGCACUGGUACAAGGACCAAGAGCCCCUGGAGUUCUCCUACCCUGGCUACCUGGCGCUGGGCGAGGCGCACCUGAGCAUCAUUGCCAAUGCCAUCACAGAGGGCACCUAUACCUGCGUGGUGCGGCGCCAGCGCCGCGUGCUCACCACCUACUCUUGGCGCGUUCGUGUGCGCGACUCAUAAA